AAUAGAAUAAUCACGUGACAGGCCUUAAGUAUACUAAAGUUAAAAUGGAAGUGGUCCAAAAUAUUUUUGUUUUUUUAUUUCUAACGAAUUUAAGAUUUGUAUUUAACCUAAAUAAUAAUUUAGCGAGAACCCCGCCUAUGGGAUGGCUAUCUUGGGAGAGAUUUGAAUGCAAUACAGAUUGCAUGAAUGAUCCAGAUAACUGUAUCGGGUUUGUAGGCGGAAGCAACUGUUUAGGUUAAUUGCGUUUAGUCUAUAAUAUUCUGCAGAGAGCGAUUAGUUAAAACAAUUGCUGAUGCAAUGGUCGAAAAAGGGUUUAGAGAUGCUGGUUAUACUUAUGUUACUCUAGACGACUGCUGGCCUGCCAGGGAAAGAGAUAAGCAAGGACGCUUACAGCCUGAUCCUUUAAGAUUUCCAAACGGAAUAAAAUACUUAGCCGACUACCUCCACUCUAAAGGCUUAAAACUAGGUCUCUACGAGGACAUUGGCACUCACACUUGUGCUGGAUUUCCCGGAACCCAAGGUCAUUGGAAAUUAGAUGCUCAAACUUAUGCGGACUGGGGAGUUGAUAUGAUAAAAUUUGAUGGCUGCAACUCAGAUGUUCAACAUUACGAUAUGGGUUUUCCUUUAAUGGCGAAAUAUUUAAAUCAAACGGGACGACAAAUUUUAUAUUCUUGCGAAUGGCCUUUAUAUGAAAGAGCUCACGGAGUAAAGCCAAAUUAUACUGCGGUUGCAGAAGCUUGCAACACUUUUAGAGUAUAUGGUGAUAUAUAUGAUGCUCGUCAAAGUAUUAUGAGUGUCGUUAAUUGGUAUGGAGAAAAUCCAGGAGGCUUCUUAAAUGUGUCUGGGCCUGGCCACUGGAGCGAUGGAGAUAUGAUUACAUUAGGUAAUUACGGUCUCAGCCAUAGCGAAGAAAGAACUCAAAUUGGAAUGUGGGCAAUUUUUGCAUCUCCUUUACUAAUGUCUGUCGAUAUAAGAACAAUCAACGAUAAAUCUAGAAGACUUUUACAACAUCGAGGUGUUUUAAGUAUUAGUCAAGAUAGUUUAGGAAUUCCUGGAAGAAGAAUUUUAAAUAUGGAAAAUGGAGCUAUUCAAGUUUGGGUAAGACCUUUGGCACCAAGGGGAACUUUCGCCAUAGCUACAAUAUACACCAAUACUUUUGGAUACCCUAUAAAAGUGUCAACGAAGCUGUCUGACCUUGGCUUAAAAAAUCCAAACGGCUACAACGUAACAGAAGUAUUUGAUGGCAUUCAUAGGGGAGAGUUUAGGUCAAAUCACAAUUACACAAGAAUGGUUAAACCAACUGAUAUUGACUUAGUUCUAGCUAAGGUACUAUAAAUCCAAAUUUUUGGAUCCUUAACAAUAAACUUUUAUACUUUACUAGUUAUACAAAAAUAAGAAAUACAUGUUUUUGAAAAAAUCAGAUAAUAAAUAGUGGCAAAAAGGUCAACUUA